UCCUCACAAUGCAAGUACUGAAAUCAUCUUCCGUUUUCUCUACUCCCCAUUUCCUCAAUUUCUCCUUAAAACCCAAAUCAUUUAUUUUUCUUCUCUACUAUUCUUCUUCUUCGUCUUCUCCUUGUUCCUCUUCUUCUUCAACCUCAGUUUCAAAUUCUCCCCUUUUCAAUUACCUCGUAAAGAACUUGGAUUUCACUGAAACUCAAGCUCUUUCAAUCGCUAACCGUUACCCUAACGUCAAAUCCUUCGAAAAGCCCCAAUCUGUUGACAACUUUUUCAGAAAUGUUGGCUUUUCUAAUGCCCAAAUAGCCGCUUCUGUACGAAACGUGCCUCAAAUUCUCUUUGCUAAUGUAGAAACGGAGCUUAGGCCAAAAAUCAAGUGUUUUCAAAAUCUGGGUCUUAUGGGUACUCACCUGGGUAAGUUCCUUUCCAGGAAUUCUGUGCUUUUAGCUUGUAGUUUAGACAAAAAGUUGAUUCCUUCUAUCCAAAUUGUCAAGAGAGUUUUAGGGAAUAAUGAAAAUAAGGACCUGAUCAAGGUCUUCGAUAGAAGCAAUGGUUUUAUUGCCAGUGGUCGCAUAUUAAAGUUGUCGAGAAACAUUGAGUAUUUGGAGAGCUGUGGGAUUGUUGGGUCUCAGCUCUCAAGGUUGUUAAAGAGACAACCUAGGAUUUUCAGAAUGCGACAAUCUGCAUUAAGGGACCUCGUUUCCAGGGUUUUAGAUAUGGGUUUUUCAACUGAUUCGAGGAUGUUAAUACAUGCUAUUCAUACUAUGAAUCGCUUGAGUGAACAAACACUUAAGAAAAAAUGGGAAUUACUAAAGAGUUUUGGUUUUUCGGAAAAUGAUUGCUUGGAUAUGUUUAGGAAGGCCCCAGGUCUCUUUAGGCCCUCUGAGGAGAAAAUGAAGUUAGGAAUAGUGUUCUUUAUGAGUUUAGCAAAGGUUGAUAAGAAUGUGUUGGUUUCUAGACCUCAUCUGUUGAUGAAUAGCUUGGAAGACCGAGUGAUUCCUCGAUACAGAGUUUUGCAGAUUAUCAAGGUCAAGAAGUUGUUGAAGAAGGAACCGAGUUUUCUUAACCUUUUGGACUAUAAGGAGAGAGAAUUCUUGCAGUUCAUCUCAAGGUUUACAGAUCAUGUGGAGGAGCUGUUGAUGGCUUACAAGGCUCAUCUUUUGCACACUUAAGAAGAAGAAGAAGAAGAAACAUGAUAGAAGUCUCUUUUUGUAAAACUUGGUGUCACUUGACCUGCACCAAUCUCAAUUAAUAAUGGCCAGUUUUGAGCCUUCAUGUUGAUUCAAUCAGAAAUUAGGCAUGUGACAGGUCCUGAGUUUGCUAUUUGACAAGAUAGGAAAUAUCAACAGAAAUGUUUAAGAUGCCCUUUCAUGUUUUAUGGAACUUAAGGGAUCAAUACUGUGAUGGUCUCCAUCCAUAAUCUCAAUGUUCAAGUUGUGUAAAAACAAGAAAUGUUGAGAUUAUGUGUUUUAAAGUACAAGCUCGUUAAAAAGAGAUUUGUAGUGGAUGAAAGAGU